GAUUGUAGUGAUACGUCUUGAUAAUAGACGAUCUUCGUUCGGGAGAAAUGGCGUCGAACGAUGGACUGGCCGCUCUGGGAGUGGAGGGAGCGUCAGCAGCUGCUCAUGCUCUGUCUCUGCCAGCAGAAGCUUAUGGAAAUGAUCCCCGACUGGAGGCCAUGUGGGCCAUGAAGGCCACCAAACACGCCGAGGUCUACUUCAACCUCAUCUCAUCUGUGGACCCCAAGUUCCUGAAGCUGACGGAGCUGGACGAGCAGAUCUACUCCAGCUUCAGGGAGGCCUUCAAAGACCUGGACGUGAAGCAGCUGAAGGAGGACGACCUGAAGUCCGCCCAGGCCAAAGAGCGCUGGCGACCGUUCUGUAACCAGUUUGAGGGACUGGUGGAGGACUUUAACUACGGCACGCUGCUGCGCCUGAGCUCCGAGGAGGACUACACGGAGCAGAACACCAUCUUUGCCACCAGGGUCCAGUUCUUCGCCAUCGAGAUCGCGCGCAAUAGAGAAGGCUCCAACGAGGGCGUGUACAAGCUGAAACCGUCCAAGAGCUAGCCCCUCCACCCCCAGUAAGACCAGUGAGACCAGUAAAGGUCCAUCCAGCCUCGGUCCCCCGGAGGACAAAGAUGAACUGUCCACCAGUUAAACCAUCACCACCAGCUGGACCAGUGUCUACACACCCACACCUUUUGUAUUUUACUGUAAAGUUUUAUUGUGCCAAUCUUCAGUGCUCAUGCGCUGUUUGUGAGAGAAAAUACAAGUUUGGUUGUUGAGCAGAAACAGAAGAACAUUUAGUUAAUCUCCCAGAAACACUCAAAUCAUGAAAGGUUGGGUUGAAGAAAACCUCAAAAUAAAAACGGUUUGAGACGGACUUGUCCCUGCCUCCCCGGGGAUUCAUUUAUUAACAUCCUGUUUAAUCAUCUCACAUCAAAUGAGUUGGUGAAAGGGAAAUAAAAGGUUCAGACGGGUGACUAACAAUUGAUAUAUCUCAA